UCGUCACUUGAACAGGGAAGCGGGCAGGACGUACAAAUUGACAUCGCCCGAGCUUGAGCGGCCGUGGCUCCGGGAAGUUUGCGUCCUGUCCGUGAGUCUGUCGGGCAUUUACCUGGUGGGCUUAUCACCGUCUUAACGAACCUAGCGCCACCAGCCCCAAACAUACAGCCAGGGUCAUCAAGAAGGGUCUUCAGCCACAAGAACAAGGAGUUCUGGAGCAGAUGAGAAAAUGAGCGUCAUCCCUCUCUCUCGUUCGGAGGUGUUUGUGGAGCUGAGAAAGGAGCUCUAUGAAGAUAAGGAGUUCCAUCAGUCUGAUGUUCACAUCUUCAUCAUCAUGGGAGCGUCGGGGGAUCUGGCAAAGAAAAAAAUCUACCCAACUCUGUGGUGGUUGUUCAGAGACGGCCUCCUCCCCGAGCAGACGUAUUUCGUGGGCUUUGCUCGUUCUGACCUGACGGUGGACGCCCUCCGGACGGCCUGCCUGCCACACAUGAAGGUGACCGACAUGGAAGCAGAUCGGUUGUCGACCUUCUUCAGCAGGAACUCGUAUAUCAGCGGGAAAUACGCAGACGGGCCUUCGUUCUCCAAACUCAAUUCUCACAUCCUGUCUCUGCCGGGGGCCAGUGGGGCGAACCGUCUCUUCUACCUGGCGCUGCCGCCGACGGUCUACCACGAUGUUACCAAGAACAUCAAGGAGCACUGCAUGAGCACAAAGGGUUGGAACAGGGUGAUCGUGGAGAAGCCGUUUGGACGAGAUCUUCAGAGUUCGGAGGAGCUGUCCUCUCACCUCUCGUCUCUGUUCAGUGAGGAUCAGAUCUACCGUAUUGAUCACUAUCUGGGCAAAGAAAUGGUGCAAAACCUCAUGGUGUUGAGGUUUGGAAACCGCAUCUUCGGGCCAAUCUGGAACAGAGACAGCGUGGCCUGUGUCGUUCUCACCUUUAAAGAACCGUUUGGGACUCAGGGCCGAGGAGGGUACUUUGAUGAUUUUGGCAUCAUACGCGAUGUCAUGCAGAACCACUUGCUCCAGAUGCUCUGCUUGGUUGCCAUGGAGAAACCAGCCUCCACCAGCUCCGACGAUGUCCGGGACGAAAAGGUGAAGGUGCUGAAGUGCAUUGCUCCGGUGACCAUGUCUGACGUGGUGCUGGGUCAGUAUGUGGGGGAUCCAGAUGGGGAAGGAGAAGCAAAGCAGGGUUACCUUGAUGAUCCCACGGUACCCAAAGGAUCAAAUCAGGCCACCUUUGCCACAGCUGUGCUUUAUGUUCACAAUGAACGCUGGGAUGGCGUUCCCUUCAUCCUGCGCUGUGGAAAGGCUCUGAACGAGAGGAAAGCCGAGGUGCGGCUGCAGUUCACCGACGUCCCGGGAGACAUCUUUGAAAACAAGUGUCAAAGGAACGAGCUGGUGGUUCGAGUUCAGCCCAACGAGGCCAUCUACGCCAAGAUGAUGAGCAAGAAACCCGGAGUGUACUUCCACCCUGAAGAGACGGAGCUGGACCUCACAUACAAGAGCAGAUACAAGGACGUGAAGCUUCCCGACGCUUACGAGCGUCUCAUCCUGGACGUCUUCUGUGGGAGUCAAAUGCAUUUCGUUCGCAGUGACGAGCUGAAGGAGGCGUGGAGGAUCUUCACCCCGCUUCUUCAUCAGAUGGAGAAAGAGACGCCACAACCCAUUCCUUAUAAAUAUGGAAGUCGGGGCCCUGCAGAAGCAGACGAACUCGCUAAGAGAGUUGGGUUUCGUUACGAAGGCACCUACAAAUGGGUCAACCCUCACAAACUUUGAAAUGUAAGAAGAACGAAGGGAAAAUCAUGAUCCAGUACUGAGGAGUCCAUCAGGCAGCAAAAAAGAACCAGUUGAAACAAAUGUUCUCAGGCAUUAGUUAUUUCUUUGUUUGCUUUUUGAACCUUUUUAAAUGAAUUCAGUUCAGCUGCAGUUAUUAUUUCAUCAGGUCUUAAUUUACACCGGGACCCAGUUUAAAUAGACAGGUUAAACAUGGAGGCUGUUUUUGUGGAAGCGGUCUGCAGAACUGUAAGAAUUAGGACCUAAUUUUUCUGAAGGCAAACAGAACAAACGCACAACCAAGAGCAGAGCAUCAACGAAACAAGCAGCUGGGUCACAUUAAGGCAAUAAAACCCCGAGACGAACAACAGGACCCAGAGUUUCACCAGCUGGCACCAUGAUGAUUGUACUGCAUUAUUACCAACAAAUAGGGUUUUUAUUUCUUUUUGCUUCACCGGACCAAAGAGUUUGAUGGUCAUUGUAGGGAUGAAGUCCCCUAUUGGACCAAGAGAGAAACUGCAUCUUUGAGCAUCUGCUAUUUUUAUUUCAUUUAUUUGUUUACAUUUUAAUUUUUAAACGUUGUAUCCAUAUUUCAACAUAUCCAGACAGCAGGGCGUCUCCUGGAGGUCGACUGAACACCUGGAGGUGCGCUUUCACGCUGAACACGUCUGUAAAAUGUAGCCAAGCUUCCAUCAGUUGUAAUAAACUAGUUUAGCUUCAGUUAA